AUGGAUGCUGAACAGUUUCGCAAGGCGGCUCACGCUGCAAUUGAAGAGAUCAUCUCCUACAACAACAAUAUAGCAUCAUACCCGGUCCUGCCACAAAUUAAGCCUGGCUACUUGGCUCCUCAACUACCUUCUACAGCACCAUCAACACCUCAGUCAUGGUCAGAUGUCCAACCAGACAUAGCGAACAAGAUCGUUCCUGGUCUGACGCACUGGCAAUCGCCUCGCUUCAUGGCCUUCUUCCCAGCCUGCGUCACCUAUCCGUCUAUCCUCGGUGAGAUGUACUCAGCGGCUUUCACUGCUCCAGCGUUCAACUGGCUCUGUUCCCCUGCUUGCACUGAGCUCGAGACUGUGGUAACGGACUGGCUUGCCAAAGCUUUGUCCCUACCGAAGACGUUUCUUUCAACAUCACCUAACGGUGGCGGCGGAACCAUCCAAGGAUCGGCAUCUGAAGCCAUUGUAACUUGCAUGGUCGCCGCUCGCGAACGUUACCUCUACCGGAGGUGCGAAGCCGAAGGGUUGACCCCAGACACGGAGCAAUGGGACGACCGAGUCGCUAUGCUUCGAGGCCGCCUUAUUGCGCUGUCGUCAGACCAGACUCACUCGUCCACGGCAAAGGGAUCGCGCAUAGCAGGCACGCGUUUCCGCUCCAUUCCUACCUCCUAUAACGACAACCUUUCCCUCACUGGUGCGAACCUGCAACAAGCCCUGGACGACUGCGCGGCGAAAGGCCUUGAGCCUUACUACAUUACCCUUACGCUUGGUACUACAUCGACUUGCAGCGUUGAUGACUUUGCAUCAUUAGCUCCAAUACUGCAAGCACAUCCCGAUAUAUGGGUCCAUGUCGAUGCAGCAUAUGCUGGUGCAGCACUCAUUGCACCUGAGUAUGCUGCAAAAUAUUCUCACCAUAUGUCGAUUGUCGACUCUUUCAAUAUGAACAUGCACAAGUGGCUUCUCGUCAAUUUUGAUGCCAGCAUGCUGUAUGUACAGAAUCGGACCGACUUGACACGCGCAUUGUCAAUUGAUGCAGCAUACUAUGAAAACAAAGCUUCCGACUCGGGGUUGGUGACGGAUUACCGAGACUGGCAAAUUCCACUAGGUAGAAGGUUCAGGGCGCUAAAGGUCUGGUUCGUCAUGCGAAUCUUCGGCAUUGAAGGCUUGCAGAAUCAUAUCUACAAAACGGUGAAACUGGGCGAGGUUCUUGCGGACUUGGUGCGCGAAAGAAAGGAUCUUUUCGAGAUCGUUGCCGAGCCAGCAUUUGCCCUGACUUGCUUCCGUGUGAGUCCUGGAGUGCUGGCAGAGAUGCGGCAGGCGAAUGGCACGGUUGUGAACGGGACACAUGACUCGUCCUUUCAGCCUCCAGCUAGUGCCACGGCGGAGUGGGAGCAAACGGCAAAUGUGCUGACCAAGCGCAUCACGGACUUGAUUAAUGAGUCGGGAGAGGUAUUUUUGACUGGGUCAAAUGCGGGAGGGAAGACGUUCUUGCGUGUGGUCAGUGCCAACCCGAAUGCUGAGGAGAAGUAUAUUCGGGAAGCUUGGGACCUUAUUGUCGGAACGACCGAGGAAGUGCUCGCAUCAUGGACCGAGGGCAAGAUCGAUGCUACUGGAGUUGUUGUCAAUGGACACUGA